GUGUUAAUAAUUAAAAGUUUAAAGGCUAAAUGGAGCUGUAAGAGCUGUGUGUUUGAGUGUUGUUAUCGUUUCGUAGUGAAUUAAUAAAGUAAACGAUCUUCUUGUCUCGUUGUGCUUAUUUAAAGGGGGAGGCACGUAAGGAGGGCAGAUUUGAUCUGCAGUUUGAGGAGUAGAUAAGCUCCGCUUAAUUUCGGGCUCCAGCUGCAGUGCUGCUUACAGUCUCCGGCCUCCGCCAGGCUCAGAUACAGACGGCAAAAUGAAGUUCACCGAAGACGAGUUAUAAACGUGAGGUAGAAUGAGAGGUAAGAAAACCGAGGCUGACGGGUUUCUGCUGUUUUAACGCCGGAUUCGCGGACCUGCCAGACGGAGCCAGGCGGCUUUAGCAGCUCGCUAUGGGGAAGGAGGUGAACGGGGUGUCGCGGAGCCGCUUUGAGAUGUUCUCAAACAAUGAUGAGGCCAUCAUCAAUAAGAAGCUGCCGAAAGAGCUGCUGUUACGAAUUUUCUCCUUCUUGGAUGUGGUCACACUUUGCCGCUGUGCACAAGUGUCUCGAUCGUGGAACGUGUUGGCGCUGGACGGCAGUAACUGGCAGCGAAUUGACCUCUUUGACUUCCAGAGGGACAUUGAGGGUCGUGUGGUGGAGAACAUUUCAAAGCGGUGUGGAGGUUUCCUGAGGAAGCUCAGUUUGAGGGGGUGUUUAGGUGUGGGGGACAGUGCACUCAGAACAUUUGCCCAAAACUGCAGGAACAUUGAGCUGCUGAGUCUGAACGGCUGCACUAAGAUCACAGACAGUACGUGUAACAGUCUGAGUAAAUUCUGUCCCAAAUUGAAGCACUUGGACCUCGCCUCUUGCACCUCAAUCACCAACCUGUCCCUCAAAGCACUCAGUGAGGGCUGUCCGUUGUUGGAGCAGUUGAAUAUCUCCUGGUGUGAUCAGGUGACCAAAGAUGGUAUUCAGGCGUUGGUGCGCUGCUGCCCAGGACUGAAGGGCCUCUUUCUUAAGGGUUGCACACAGCUAGAAGAUGAAGCCUUGAAGCACAUUGGAGCUCACUGUCCAGAACUGGUCACAUUGAACCUGCAGACAUGUUCACAAAUCACAGAUGAAGGUUUAAUAACGAUUUGUCGUGGGUGCCAUCGACUGCAGUCGCUAUGUGUGUCUGGGUGUGCAAACAUAACAGAUGCAAUCCUCAACGCUCUGGGCCAAAACUGCCCUCGUCUCAGAAUACUAGAAGUGGCUCGCUGUUCACAACUCACAGACGUGGGCUUUACCACACUGGCACGGAACUGUCAUGAGCUGGAAAAGAUGGAUCUGGAGGAAUGUGUACAGAUUACAGAUGCCACCCUUAUCCAGUUGUCUAUACACUGCCCUCGACUCCAGGUUCUGAGUCUGUCUCACUGCGAGCUGAUCACAGAUGACGGGAUCCGUCACCUUGGCAGCGGCCCAUGUGCUCACGAUCGUCUGGAGGUGAUCGAGCUGGACAACUGCCCACUAAUCACAGAUGCUUCGCUGGAGCACCUCAAAACCUGCCACAGCCUCGACCGCAUCGAACUCUACGACUGCCAACAGAUCACCCGCGCUGGCAUCAAACGACUGAGGACUCACUUGCCCAACAUUAAAGUCCAUGCCUACUUUGCACCAGUGACUCCACCCCCCUCCGUAGGUGGGAGUCGUCAGAGGUUUUGCCGCUGCUGCAUUCUGCUAUGAUGAAGCUCUGCCUCCUUUACCCCAAACCCCUGACCUUGAACCCCCCUUACCCAGUAGCACAUGCUGGCGGAUCACCUGAUAAAGAGGAAGAAGAUGAAGAGAGAGACAGAGAAGGAGUAAGAGAGGGCGCGAGAGAGACACAGGGACUUACUCUUCACCCAUUCACACAUGACGUUGUUUAAAUGUAAAUGCUGGCCAGUUUUUAAGAAAAUGUGUUAUUAUUUUUUUAAAUACAAAGAUAAUCAAUAGCUGCCUUGAAAAUAUAAAAGUAUUUAUAAUUGAAGAUAAAUAUAUUAAUUAAAGAUAUUAUUAUUUUAAAUCUUGAAUAGGAUUAUAUCAAAAACCAUUAUUCGCAAAUACCCGUUAUCUGCUGCAUUUGAGACAUUUUUGUAUAGUUUUCCUUUAAACCACUGUUUAACUUGAACAAAGCACUACUAGAGAUGUCUAGGAAAAAUAAGUUAUAAAUAAUUACAUUUUCAAAAAUAUGAAAGCCAUUGAUGAAAUUAAGCCUAUUUCUAUACAGAGAUUGUAAAAGCCACUGCAGUGACACUGCCUGACAUGCUGGCCUCUAACGAUGCACACAGUCAUAUGCAGCCAUGUGUAAAAGCAAUUUUAUUUUUGCACACAUUUUAUAUAAUUUUCAGUCAGAACAGACACUAAAAACAGCUUGCUCGUUUAUAGACAUUCAGAAAAAAGCAGGAACAGACAUUCAACAGAAAAUAAGAUCAGAUCACCUGUAUUUUGCACACACAAAUUCCAUGGUUCAGUGAUUAUUUAAACCUGGGUUGGUCAGCCCAUUGUUAGUUUGCUGUAAGUCAGUAACAGCUUCUUAAUGAACUCAACAUCCUUUCAAAGCCCCCUGUGGAGGGAUAACUCUACUCUCUGUUCAAAGUUCAAAGCUAUAGGAGCUGUUUUAUUUAUGAAGCACUCUCGUUUUGAAAAAGUUAAGAACGUACACUGAAUGGCUGUUCUGACUGGAAAUUAAAUAAAUGAAGGGAGCUUUCUGACGUUUCCACAGUACGUUUCAAGGUUUUUAAAGAAGGAACGUCUUUGCACAGCUGUCUUGGCUAAACCUGUUUGGUUCUGCAAGUAUUUAACUCAUGAAGAGUAAUCAAGAUGCACACACAUGCCUGUCAGUCUCUCUCGCUGAAGCUGGGUUGUCUGGUUGUACUAAAAGAGGACUAUUUUUCUAAAGCAUUAAAAAAAAAAGAUAUGUACUGCUGGUGAUCAGAGUUGAUGCCAAAUGAUGCAUGUUACAAAUCUAGUUUUUUAAAAACAAUCUUAAGUCUAUUCAUGGAACUUUUCAUGAAAGGAGCCUGGCCACAGCUAGCCACUGAGCAGCAAGGCAACAUGUUCGUAGGAUGGAGGUAGAUGACAACAUCACAAACUGCACCUAAGGAAAGCCUCGGGCAUUACUGGGAAUCCACAGCGCAGGAUGGGGUAGUAAGUGUGUGUGGAUGAGGGUGCGUAUAGAAGGAAACUUAGGCCUGUGGAGUGUGUAAAUGGAUUCUAUCGGACGGAAACACACCUUUGCAUGGCCUGUGGAUGGAUUUAACGUGAGCAGAUGGAUGGAUAAACGAAAAAACAAAAAAACAGUACUACAUGUGUUCUCCAGGACUGCUAAUCGACUGAAAUCUAUUGAGUCGAAAAUAGACUGACAGUUUAAAAAAAAUGAAACAAAACCAAUCAAAAGUGUAUUUUGUUGUUGUCGUCCUUGUCAGUGUCGAUUUUUUUUUUUUGUUUUGUUUUUUUGUUUUUCCUUUUUCUUCCGUCUGGUUUGUUUCUUUUACUGUUCAUCUGAGUUGCAGAUUUACAUCACUUGAGUUUUUAGACCAGUAGCUUGUCAGGUUUUGUGGGAGUGUGCGUGUAUGUCAGUGUGAGUGCUUGUCUGUCAGUUAAUAAAUCUAUCUAAACUUAAGAAAAGUUUAGAAAGACUUGUGGUCAUGUGGAAAGCUGCAUUCACAAGGACAUUUUGGUCAUCAGAAAGUUAUGUUAUUUUGAUCCUCAUUAUCAUUCUCCUCCAAGCGUGUUUAGCUCCAAUGGCAUUGCAUCAGUUAGUUUGAUAGUGUUUCGGAGGAAGUGUGCACUAGCAUUAAUUUUCACACUGUUUGUAUCAUCGUGUGAUAAUGGGAUUCCUAGCAAGUGUGUAUCCAGCAGGAAGAGAUGUGGGACAGGGAUUUUCAUUCAAAUUUACCAGAAACAACACACAGAGCCAUACAGUCCAGCUCUAAUCUAGCAUGAUAUUGGAUGGUUUUGGAUAUAAAUUCACGUUUCAAUUUACAUUUUAUGGAAAAAAGAAAAACAAAAUAUAAGUGUCCAGUAACAAGCAUGUUUAAAUUGGUUUCCUCUCUCACACGGCUAAAACAAACCAGCAGCACACACUUUUUUAAAGCAGAUGUAUUAAAAUGUAUUGUGAAUGCAGCUGUAAUUUGGCCACAUCAAGAAAAAAAGUGUGUUCUAUGUUCUUCUGUAACAUCGGGAUAGCUCACCUACUGCUAAUCUAUAACACACACACCAGACACACCUUUCUCCUUUCCUGUUUCAGUAUGGUUUGCAGUAACUGGAUUUUAGCAUUAUGGGCACUCACUACAUUACUGAGUUCUGAUUCAGUUUGUUAAAGAUGAUUUUCAGUGUUUUGCUACUUGCUGUUUGCAGAGCUAACAGGCUAAUUCUCCUUUUUCACUCAGCAGCCAUUUUGUUUACAAACUCUCCUACACACAUACAGGAAGACAUCAAAAUUAUGUUAAAAAAUGUCCAACAUUUUGUUGAACAGUGGUGACUGUGCUCACAUUGUAACCAUUUUAUUGUGUAGCAAAUCAGUGGAAUUUCCAUUGCAAGCUUGCUAAGCUAGAAUAUUGUAGCCUGGCUUUAAAACAAGCUUGAAAACUAAUUUUUCACCUCAGCUUUUGGCUUACUUUGUCUAUCCAGGCUUUUCCCCCAAAUCUCACCUGUAGCUACUUCUUGGACAAGCUUUACAGAACACUUAAAAUGUCCUUUUUUACUCUAAUGAGAAACUUCAGCACACAGUUUGUAUAACAAUAAAUUUAAAGUGUUUCUUAAUUAUAAUAUUCACCCUGCAGUAUUUAGAGCUGCAUGUUUACAUUUGGUUACGUUUUCUGUUUAAGUGUAUUCAAUGCUAAUGGUGUAGCUUAGCAAAAUAAUGCUGGUUCUUUGUUAAGGGGUUACACUGCAUUUUAAUGUGCAAUUAAUAUAUCCUAAUCAUGUGUUGCUACCUUUCACACAGGAACAGAUUUAUUUUUUAAAUAGUCCAGUUGCAAAGCAGCUGUUGCAAUGGGGAAAAAAUGAAACUUGUGUGCUAAGGUUUUUUGUUGGACUUAAUGAAAAGCUUUAAAAACAAAGUGAGAAAGAAGCCAUUUGUGGGUUGAUCCUGGAAAGACCUGGUAGUCAGUUGCUUUAGUAACUGUUAACCCUUACAGUAAAUAACAUAAUUGAGAUAAGGGCCAAUACCUGAGCUAAUUGUUAGCUUACAUGUAGGCUUGACGAUCAUUAGCCUGGCCAGCUAGCUGCAGCUUAGACUUCUAUUUUUGGAGGUUGUUUUGGAUGUUGUCCAGUCAGGUACUGUCUGGUGUUUUUUACGUAUUAUUUUUCGGACAUAUUUUGCACUGUGGCUCAGUUAUCGUAGCAGCUGUUUUUUUUUCAUACUGAAUGUGACAGAGGAGGCACUAAAUGGCUGUUGCAUGAAUAAGAUUAAUUUUCACAAUACAACAUGAUUACAGAGCUCAACACUUCUCCAUCUAUUUAUUUCUUUUUACAUUUUUUACUUUCUAAAGCACACUUACCAUCAUGACCUGUGUGUGUGUGCGUGUACGUGUGCGUGUGUGUGUGUUGGAGAGAGUGUGUUUUGGGGACAGAGGGUGUCUCGUGUACGUUGGUAGAUCUGAUCCUUGGGAUUAUACUUCAGUUUUGACGAUGACUGUAGUUGUUGCAAUUACAAACAAUUACUGUAAAUCUUUUCCCUUCUUUUCUUUUACUUUUUUAUUUUUACAAUUAACCCAUAUAAAUGAAUAUGUAUGUAUGAAUAAAUAUAUAACUAUAUAUUAUUAA